CCGUGCCCGCCCCGCGGACGUGGCGCUGCGCUGGCGCUGCGGUGCGCGUGCGCGGUGUGCGGCUGCGGCGCGGGCAGGAUGGUGCUGCUGGAGAGCGAGCAGUUCCUGACGGAGCUUACCAGGCUGUUCCAGAAGUGCAGAACUUCCGGGAGUGUUUUCAUAACGCUGAAGAAAUAUGAUGGCCGAACAAAACCAGUCCCACGCAAAGGCCACGUAGAAAGUUUUGAACCAGCAGACAAUAAGUGUCUUCUAAGGGCAACUGAUGGAAAGAAGAAAAUUAGCACAGUGGUGAGCUCAAAGGAAGUAAAUAAAUUCCAGAUGGCAUAUUCAAAUCUGCUGAGGGCUAACAUGGAUGGCUUGAAGAAAAAAGACAAGAAAAGCAAAACCAAGAAAAGUAAAGCAACACAGUGACAGAACAGUGUCCUACCAUCACCAUAACAGACCUGACCCUCACUCAAAGCAAAGUCCAUUUCUUUUUGAGUUACCACUUGUCUUUGGCUUUCCUUCCAGCAGGAUACUGGGAUAUGAUCAGUACUUUUGUUUAAACUGGCAGCAGAGGUGCUUUCUUUGGAUUGUUGUAUGGCCAGGAGUAUGUACAGUGUUAUACUAAAAUAGCUUUAGAAGUUUUGUACUUAUACUGCUGCUGUUUGUAAAACCUGUUUGGGGGGGUAACAGAGGGUGAAGAGAAAUGCACCACACCAGAAACAAAAUAAGACUGGAGGAGGAGUCCCGGUGACAGAUGCCCAAUUUCAUACCUGAGCCUCAGUAAUAACAGGGAGAGCAGGUGCCAACAUAUUAUCAGGAACAGCUGCUUUCCUGUUUGUGUGUCUUAAUCUGAGGGACAUGUCUACAUCAUGCAGUGUGGAUAUCCUUAAGGCAGCCAGCACAAUGCUGGAGCUCUUGCAGAGCCAGGCAGCUGUGCCUUUACUCCAUGCUGACCAAGUUGUGCUGUCCCUGGGUGGGAAGAGGGUAGGACUUUGCAUCAUGUUCCCUUCAGACAUGGCUUUAAAAAUGCUCAUGUCAUCUAAACUGUUAUUUUUUUUAAACGUCAUCCUUCAAUAUAUUUGGGGAUCUGAAUUUUCCUUCCUUCAUAUGAGCAGAUGUAAAAAUACUUAAUUGUUCCUAUUAAACAUAAUGAAAAAUGGAUUUGGUUGUAAUGACUUGUCUCAGUGAAUAGCUAGGAAUGGCACAGUUAUCUGUGCCUUUAGGAUUCACUCUGCUGAUGCUGCUUUGGGUGUUGCUCUUACAACUUUCACACUUCUGAGAAGUUCUUGGGUUUUUCUUUAAAGUUACCUCUACGUAUUUUAACUCUGCAUUCCUCUUUACUAAAAGAGCAGAGCAGAAAUUAGUAAGCAGGUAUUUCUUAGUGCAAUGAGCCUGCAGUGCUAAGGGCAGUCAUUUGAGUUAGAGAAGGAAAGAAGUGUAAGCUGUUUAAACACCAGUAUAUUUCCAGAAAUCCCUAACAUUUCUGCAUAUUCAUGCCAGUAUUUGAUGUGAAAUACUAUUCACAGUUAACUAUGGCUGCUGUAUCCUAUCUUCAGAUUCUCAGCUUCAUUUUUCCUGAUGGGGUUGUGCUACUUGCUUCAAGAAGAUAAUUAUAAUAUUCCCAUCAUUACUGACUUCAAACUUAAUCUGACAACCCAGGCUAGAAAUGAAUGUCUGAAGUCUUGUUUGGACCUAGGAACAAAAGAUGGGCAAAAGUAAAAUACCCUGCUUGUGUGAUAAUGGGUCGUAAGUGCUGAUUUUCUAUUUCACAGAUGAGAACAGAAGAGGCUGCUUCUAACACAAGGUGUAGAACUAUAUAGUAUUUAAAUUAAAAUUCAUGCUUAAUAUAAUUUCCAGUAACAACGUCACAAUAAUCCUUGAGAGAGGAAGGAGACUGGGGCUAAGCCACUCUCGCAGCAAUUGUAAACACUUGCCAACACUGGCACGGUGCUAAAGCUGACAGAACCAACCACACGUUACAACGUGGGUGCUCACAUACCUAAUGAAAACUGCCUUUCUGUUUCUGUGCAGAGGAUAACUUGUCACAGGAACGUGAGAACCUGUGACUGGAUACCGUGAAUCAUCUCUAGCUGAAGGAGGACUGAUUUUGAAAGUCAAACCAAAAAAUGGGUCAUGCCUUGUAACGCUUUUCCAGAGCAAGCUAAUGGUCCUGCGAAGGUAGCACUUUACAAAUGUAGUUGCAGCCUUGCAUUAUGUUGUCUUUUCUACCUUGGAAAAGUUGCUUUUACAUAUUCAGAACUUAAAAUAGUAAGUCUAUUUAGCUCAAAGCUCAGAGAAUAACAUUCAUUCGUUUAUUUGGGUUUCCAGAACUAUUUAUAGGGGAGAUUUUUUUGUUGCACAUCCAAGUUGGGUGGAGAAGAUUACAGUUCUGGUUUAUCAUAUACUCUAAAUAUCUUGAAGUUAAUAAUCCUAAAGGAGAAAACUCUGAGUUUGUUUCCAGCAUCACUGAAUCUCUUCUACAUUACUAUAAUGUAAUGUUUUAGGCAGGGUUGUGGGUUUUGAUUUUGUUUUUGGUUGGUUGGUUUGGGGUUUUUUUAAAGCUGCAAUUUUUUCUUAGGCCUUUAGUUUUAAGACAACAGAAUGAAAUAAAAUACAUAGAGUAUCUGUUACAAACAUACUGCUAAUUAGAAGUAUGAUGAACUUGCACCUUUGUGCUGGUUUUGGCUGGGUUAACUUUCUUCACAGUGGCUAGCAUGGGGCUGUGUUUUUGUAUUUGUGCUGUAUCAGGACUGAAAAUACAGACAUGUUUUUUUUUUUUUUGCUGAGCAGGGCUUACACAGAGCCAAGGCCUUUUCUGCUUUUUGUACUGCCAUGCUGGCAAGGGGGCUUGGGGCGCUGGGAGGAGACACAGCCAGGACAGGUGACCCAAACUGACCAAAGGGAUAUUCCACACCAUAUAACAUCAUGCUCAGUACAUGAAGCGAGGGGAAUGGGGGGGACCUUUGGAGUGAUGGUGUUUGCCUUCUCAAGUAACUGUUACACGUGAAGGGGCCCUGCUCUCCUGGGGAUGACUGAACACCUGCCUGCCCAUGGGAAGCAGUGAAUGAAUUCCUUGUUCUGCUUUGCUUGUGUGUGCAGAUUUGCUUUCCCUAUUAAAAUGUCUUUAUUUCA